UCUCUUCCAUCGGACGGACGGUCAGGAUUGGCAUGAUCGUCUUCGACGUCAAGAAGGGCCGUCAUCGGACGGUCUGACGUGAUCGCCGUCCACGUCUAGAAGGGCCGACAUAUGGACGGUGAUUUCGUAGGUAUUAGGUGGAAGGACGAUCCGAUAGGCGGCCACGUAUCACUAGAGCCUUCUUGGCGUCAUACCAAAAUGCAACCUGGCUUAAUAUAUCAUAGUGGAAUUCAAUGCUAGUGAGUUCGCCACUUGUCAACUAAAUGGCUUCUAAUGGGAGACGUAAUUAGAGUACAAAUAUAUGUUAACAAGUAUUUUAAGCAUUAAUUAAGAGUUAACAGCAUUUGUUUUGCGAAUUUGAUUAGAGACAUAAACAUACUAUUGUAAAAUUUCUUGUUACUUAUUAUUUAUAUAGAUUUUUUUUGGAAAAAAAAAAUUAUUUCAGUGUAUGAGUUUGGUUUUAUUGUCAAUGUCACUUUUCUAUUUUUUUAAAUAUUAACAUGAAAAAGAGGAGUUUCAAAUUGGAUAUAUAUAAAGAGUGCUAGGUUAGCGAUUGUCAAAUCACAUAUUUUUUUUACGUGCACUGUUUAGAUAUAGUAUAUCACUUUCAACAGCUCGGAUCUGAUCCACAUCGAGGCAAAAUUUACAUCGUCUAUUUUUUAUCAGAUCAGAUUUGAGUGAAGGUAAUGUAGCCAAGUUCAAUUCUAUUUCUCUCUCUUUCUAUUUGUAUAUAAAGAGAAGUUUAGUCCAAGAAGCAUCGUGUGUGUAUAUUGGGUGUCAAAACCAUCAACAUGAGUCAUGCACCAUAAAGAUCUUAUCUUUGGGUAAUUAGAAUUUUAAAUCAAACAUAAGAUAGGGCCCACACUUGAAGAGAUCUUGUAUGACUCAUCACUCUAGGCACAUGCAUUGAUGGUUUAGGUGGACACGCAGGCCUAUAAUAUUGCUAAAUGACAAAGAUCUGAAUUAGAUGCAUGAGAAAAUUGGAAAAUUUAAUGGUCGGGGCCGUCGGGCUCCACCAAUUUCAGUUGGCUCCCUGACCAUCUAAGAUUGGGACUCACAACAGUCAACAGCGCAGCGAAGGAUUUAGGCAUUGGGCCUAUUAAUAAAUUUCAAAUUCCAAAUCAUUAAAGUGACAAAAAAGUUAUCAGAUAUGGAAACGCUGCUAAUAAAGCAAACAUAGCCAAGCUGAGCCGGUCCAAUCUAUUUAAUUUGUUCAGCCAAUGGGCCAUAUCAAGGACUGAGUUAUUAGCCCAAACUUAACUAAGUUCUGUAAUCCAAACAGGUCAUGAUUGUGAAUAAGAAGAUAACUGUCCUCUUUAAACGCAUAAACUAAUAGAGGAGACUUCUCGGCUGGUUUUGUACUGUGAUAGGCAGCUUCUGGAAAGGUAACAACAUAGAGUACCAGGAGGCAACAAGAUCAUAAACACAUGUCCCAUGGGGAACAAGGCCUAAAUAGAGACCAAAUUGAUGAGAAGUAACAAAGAAAGCAGAUGAUGAUGAUGAUGAUGGCAGAAGUUACUGAUCAGAAGAGAAGAAGCCAUGAUAGCUGCCUCCUCAGCAACAUCGCCGGCGCCGGCGGAGGUCACAGCCAUAACAGUAGCAUUACCACCACCACCACCACCACCACUUGCAGUGGCCUGACUGCCAAGAGGCUUAAAACUGGUGGUGGUGGUGGUGGUGGUGGAGGAGGAACCAUCACCACAAAGGAGAAGAAGGACAAGAUUGGAGAGCGAGUGGCCAAGCUGCAACAACUGGUCUCUCCUUUCGGCAAGUCGGACACGGCGUCGGUUCUUCAGGAGACUACUGGAUACAUCAAAUUCCUCCAUGAUCAGCUACAGGUGCUGAGUGCUCCAUAUCUGCGGGCGAGGACACCGACCGGGAAGACCGAGGAAGCUCAGUACUGCAGCCUAAGAAGCCGCGGCCUGUGUCUCAUGCCGAUCUCCUCUACACUCAGAAUUGCUCAAAGCAACGGCGCUGAUCUCUGGGCUCCUGUCAGUUCGAACAAACAACCAUAAUUCUCAAAGUUCGUCACUUACUCCCGUUGAAUGAAGAAAGCAUGUUAUGACCAUGCUAGAGGCUGGAAGUAGUUUUAGAGAUAGAUUGCUAGUUAAAAUCCUAACUCUAUUCAUCUUCUAUCCUGACCACAGAUUUUAUUCCAAUGCAACCUGCAGUGGGAUAAGUUUCUUGCAUGAAUUUUGCAUCCCCAGAAGAAUGUAAAAUGCCUACUGAGCCAUACUUUAAUAUCCUGCUUGCUGGAAGCAGCCAAAGCUCUGUUAUGUAUUACUAUUCAUCCUAGUAAAGAAAUGGAUAUCAGCAUAUGGUUCUGGUUUCUGUCAUAUCCUUCUGCUUAAAGAGACAAGGCAAAAUGCACGGCCAUUGCCUAUGGGCCUCUUUUUACCUAGAGGAGAGAAUGAGAAAGCGUCACAGAGCUUUUCAACAGA